GCGUGCUGAAAAAGCAGGCCCGAGAUAUAGAUACCCUAUCUCGUGCGCACGUAUAAUUCCAAAUACUUCUACAUUUCACUCUUCUUUUUUUCCAAAUACCCGAGUCUCUUUCUCUCUCAAUCUCGAUUUUCUUCGAUUUUUUUCCGAUUAAGCCAUGGUUCGAGUGUGAAAAAAAGCUUCGUGAAUUAGCGCAGUGCUGUCUCUUUUAGUUGAUUUUUCUGUUUCAGUUGCUGAGUCAACUCGGCGUUCACUUGGUUCUAUGUGGUUGGGUUUGUGGAGAAUGAAGGGAAGAUUGUCGAAAGUGGGGCUGCGCAGGAUGGCUCCACUCUGUCCCCAAAUCAGAUUGCAGAUCCAGUUGUGUACAAACUUGUCAGGGUUAAAGAUACCAUCGUACUCAUAGAGAUGUCAAUUGAUGAAGGUCGAUGGUGAUGGCAGAUUUGUUCCUGCCACAGAUGAUGAAGUAAUGGAGGUUGAGGAUUUACUUGAAGAUGACAAGAAUGAAGAAGUGGAAGAUGCCGGACAAAUUGUAGGAUGCAUACCCACUGAAGGCACUUUAUUUGGGAAGCCUCGCGUAGAAAUCUCGAAUGAUAUGCCAGGUUUACCACAAUCUGAAACCUCUGAAGCUGCUGCAGAAUAUAAUGCUCGAUUGGAGUACAUUGAGGAGGUAUUGCAAAAGGUGAAACAGGAAGAGAGGCUUCGCUUAACUUGUGGAUCACCUAUCUAUGUUUCUGCUUGCGUGAAUGGAGACAGGAAGGAUUCUGAUGAACAUGGUAGAUUGCCUGUUGUUGAUGAAACGCUCCAAUCCAAUAUUUAUCUGCAGGAAAUAACCCACUCAAUUUCUCCAAAUUUAAAGGACGAUCAUGUGAAUGAAAAUGGGAGUCUAGGCAAUUGUUUUAAGCAUCCAGAUAAAUCAGUGGAAUCUGAAUCCUCAGAUGCCCUCUGCACGACGUGUAACCCUGAUUUUUCCUUGUUGAAGGGUGAUGUAUGCCUGGAUAAUCUGUCAAUUAGAGAACUCCAUGAAUGUUUCAAAGCAACUUUUGGGAGAGACACUACUGUUAAAGACAAAUCGUGGCUUAAGAGGAGAAUUGCCAUGGGAUUGACCAACUCAUGCGACAUUCCAGCCUCAUCUUUUAUGAUCAAGGAAGGCAAGUUUGUCGAAGAAAUUUCUCAAAAUGUGGAUGGCAUGUCCACUGUUCCGGCUGCCGAAGCUUUGAAAAUUGAAUGCAGAGGUUCACCAACAACUUACAGUUUGGAAAACAAGGACAAUAAUCUUUUUGAGGAUAUGGAACUUGAUCAUGGAAGUGAAGGUCAGCAUGAUGAGAGAGCUGCUGUUAAAAGAAUUCGGAAGCCUACCAGACGGUAUAUCGAAGAACUUUCUGAAGUGGAGUCAAGAGAGUAUGUCCAAAAGGUGAUUAGUUUGAAUAAAAAUAAUAUAUCAGACGGCGUAUCUGCAAAUUCCAUUGCAAGACCUAUUAAGAAAGUCUGCUCAGAUGGGGGAAGAACUGUCAUCACAAGAUUGGAUUCUCUUGGUGGAUCUGGCUUUCAAGUCCCAUGUGUUUCGAGAGUUCGAAGGAGCCGUCCGAGGAAAGACAUUGUAGCCCUUGUGUUUUCGCUUCCAGACAAAGAUCAGAAUCCUUCAGUUACGGUCACAGAUGAAGCAGAGAAGAAUCUGGAGCAGAAGCAAACAGCUUCUGGCAAUGCAUCGGAUGAUAACACAUCGGUUGUUGUGACAUCAAAAGGUGGAAUGAGGAGGAAGCAUCAUCGUGCUUGGACUCUUGUAGAAGUCAUCAAAUUAGUAGAGGGCGUGUCAAAAUGCGGUGCUGGGAGGUGGUCUGAGAUUAAGAAACUUUCUUUUUCAUCAUACUCAUACCGUACAUCAGUUGAUCUCAAGGAUAAAUGGAGAAACCUGCUUAAAGCAAGCUUCGCGCAGACACCUGUUGAUGAAGGGAUAAGUUCACGGAAACAUGCAUCGAUAUCGAUACCUGCACAGAUCUUGUUACAGGUGAGGGAACUUGCUGAGAUGCAUGCUCAAAUUCCUCCUUCAAGUCAUGGCCAAGGCAAGCUGGGUGGAGGAGUUAGUGGGAGUAUGCAUGAGAUGAGUGCUUCGGCGCUAUGCUCGUGACAUUGUAAAUAAUACAAACUUUAUCUUAUUUUUCCCCUUGAAAAAGAAAUCGAAAGUCUAACCAACAAAGGAAAAAAAAAACUUCUCCGAAUGCUGUAGCAAAAAAAAUGUUUGUUGCUGGUGGCGAGAAUUAUAGGAAUUUUUUAUGCUUUGCUAGUCAUAAAAUCCUUGUUAACCACUCGUUUUUGUGACUCCUACAGUUUUUAGGUGUUCUUAUUAUGACUUUGGAUGCCCAAAUUUUUUUAAUGCAUUUUAUUUUAACGU